UAGCAGUCAGUCAUUUUGUGUCUCUCUGCCUGGUUGGUUGGAUGCUGACUGGAAGAGCAAUGGGCUUUUGGGGAUUGCUGUUUGCAGUUCUAUCUGUCCAUGAUGCUGCAGGACUGUUUGUGCCCCAGGCUCGAAGCUCAAUCAUAGGGGGCGAAGAAGCUUACAAGGGCAAAUGGCCGUGGAUGGCCUACCUGAAGACCAGUUCUGCUGAGGGAAACACCUUGAAUUGUGGCGGUUCUCUCCUUAAUGAAGACUGGGUGCUCACUGCAGCACACUGUGUGGACCCCGAUGACGUUGUUCCAGAGAAGUCCUACGUUUUGCUGGGCGUACACAGCCUAGAGGAGCUGGAGGACCCCGAUGUGGUUGUUCGAGCCAUAUCACAAGUUGUCAUUCACCCUGACUAUAAGUUCUUGAGUAACGUUCCUGUAAAUGACAUUGCCUUGGUGAAGGUCAAUCAGAGUGUGGCCUUGACAAAACUGGUUGGGCGUGUAAAACUGCCAGAAACUGAUGACAAUUUCAGCUCUGCGUCUGAGUGCUGGGUGACUGGCUGGGGUGAAACCACGGAUGGCGCACCACGCGAUGGGAUUCUGCAGCAGCUGAAUAUACCCAUUGUUAGUAAGAAGGAUUGCCUCAAAGUGUACCCGCACCUUUCCUCCAACUUCAUGUGUGCUGGAGACAGGAAGGGUGGGAUGGACACCUGUGUGGAGGACGCUGGUGGGCCAUUGGUGUGUGUCUCUGCUGGUGAGUUUCUCCAGGUGGGAAUCAUAGGUUUUAGGCCUUCCUGUACUACAAGACACAACCCUGGACUCUACACCCGGGUGGCCAGCUACCUGGACUUCAUCAAAGGGACCAUUAACCCUGUCACGAAGGCUUUUGCUAAGGCCUAAGUAGUCCUGUUUUUCACAUGAAACAGUCACAUUUCUUUUAAUCUAUUUUUCACAGCUGAAUAGAAAGAAAAAAAGUAAAUUUUUGUGAUUACUUAAUGGACAUUGAUUUCCUUAUCCUAUAUCAAAGAAAAAUAUAUGGCAGCAACUCAUGCAUUGUUCUAGUUUACUUUUUGUAGCUACAUUUUAGUCCUAAAGGAUUAUGACAAGAAGCACAUGCAUUGAUCUCAUAGAUAAAAUGAGGCUUUUAUUCAUCUAUUUAUAGGCUUGACUGUGACUUUAAUCCUCUGAUGAUCCUUUAAUAAACUCUGCAAGCAUCAA